UGGUUUCCUGCUGUCGUGUGGGAGAAGAGACCUGGCUCUUCUCUGCAAAUGCGCAACCUUCUCGAGAGGGGGAAGCUCAGAGCUUUUGUGGCUGGCUUUACGAGUGGCUUUCGUUUGCAGGAAAUGACCAUGCAGAGUGAAGUUCCUCAUAAUGAAGGAGGUCGGAAUCGGCUUCAUAUCCUGCCCGUCCUUUGAUUAGCAGAGUUGGUCCAGGGCCAUGAAUGAGCUGGUGGCCCCGGGACUGCCACCUCAGUCUCCCAUAGCCUUGAAGGGUUAUGGAGUCAUUGAAUUCGGCGAAGACGACCAGGGAGCGAGGAGUCCCCCGGCCAGAAGGUCUUACAUCGCCAUUGCAGUGCUGUGCUACCUUAACCUGGUGAAUUACAUGGACUGGUUUCUUGUCCCAGGGGUGCUUCAACAUGUACAGACCUACUUCAAACUACGAGACAGCAGCGCAGGCUUGUUACACACAGUUUUUAUUAUCUGUUUCUUGGUGGCGGCCCCUCUUUUUGGUUAUCUCGGUGACAGAUACAACCGCAAAAUCAUCCUGAGUGCUGGGGUAAUCCUCUGGUCAGGCGUUACUCUUGCCAGCUCAUUCAUCCCAGAAUGGAUGCCUUGGCUGUUCUUCAUUUCGCGGGGACUGGUAGGUGCUGGCACCGCCAGUUACUCCACUAUCGCGCCCACCAUCAUUGCUGACCUGUUUGAGAAAGACCGCAGGACGUGCAUGCUCUCGCUCUUCUAUAUCUUCAUACCGGUUGGAAGUGGGCUCGGUUACAUCAUGUCAUCUGGAAUGGCGAUGGCUACUGGCUACUGGAACUGGGGGUUCAGGGUCACCCCUUGUAUGGGAGCUGUAGGCUUGGCUUUCCUCAUUUUCUUGGUUCCUGAAUCAUCCCGGCGUGGAGCUACGGAGCCCACAGCUGACAAGGUCAGAGGGGAUUCAACUUGGCUCAAGGACAUUUCAUCGCUUUGCAAAAACUGGAGUUUCUUGUGGUCCUCGCUGGGGGUGACAGCCAUGUCCUUCAUCGUCGGAGCUCUGGGGUUCUGGAUGCCGGUGUUCCUUUCCAGAGCUCAGCUCAUCCAUGACGCUGUCCCUCCCUGCCAACAGGAAGGGUCGUGUGACACCUCCAACAGCCAGAUAUUUGGAGGAAUAACUAUUGCAACUGGCAUCUUUGGAGUCAUUGCUGGAGCAGAAGCCGCCAGAAGAUUCAAGAAGACCAACGCAAUGGCUGACCCUCUGAUCUGUGCUGUGGGCUUGCUGACGUCAUCUCCAUCCAUGUAUCUGGCGAUCAUGCUGGCUCAGGAAAGCAUCAUAGCUACAUAUAUUUUUAUUGCCCUUGGAGAAUUUCUUUUAUCCUUAAACUGGGCCAUUGUGACUGACAUACUGCUGUAUGUCGUGAAACCAACAUGCCAAUCCACCGCACUAUCUGUACAGAUUUUUGUUAGUCAUUUGUUUGGUGAUGCCGGAAGCCCCUAUCUCAUUGGAAUCAUCUCCAGUGAAAUCCAGAAGCGACAGGCAGGGGCUUCUUCCUACCUCGCGUCCUUCCGGAGCCUGCAGUACAGCUUUGUCGUAUGCUGCUUUGUCGGUGCCCUUGGGGGAGGCUGCUUCCUCCUGACCGCCCUCCGGAUCAAAGAAGAUCGGCUGGAAGCCGCACCUCCACCCCCACCGCCAGUUAAAGGCACAGAAAACGAGAGUUACGUCCGGCAUGAAGGAGAAGUCCAAGGGGAGCUUCCUGUGUCAUAGAGCUGCCUCCUGUCCUUCGCAAACACGCUCUCAUCAGGGAAGGAGAGGCA